AGUUACUAGGUUGAUUCAGUCAUUGUGAAAAUACACAAAGAAUCAAACAUGAAUGAUUGUCAAACCUUCAUUUCUUCUACUUCUCAUAAAUUCAUUAAUAAUUUUAAUAUGGAACAUAAAAAUGAUGACAAACAAAAAAAUCAUUUCUUGAGUCCAUCUUCUAGGUAUCGAAAUACCAAAUCCUUUCAUGGUUUAGUGAUUUUUGGUAUGGAUAUGAAUUAUAAUCGGGAGAAGAGAAUUACUCAUUUAAAAGAUAAAUUUGAAGAACUCAACUAUUUGGUUGUUUUUGAAAAUGAUUUGUUGAGUAAAAUAGAUUUACAGAGUAGAAUUUUGGAAAUUAUCAAAAAAUUGGAAUAUCUAAUUGGCAAACCAGUCUAUAUAUUUUUAAUGUCUGAUAAUUGGCUUACUAAUUCAACAUUUCUUCAAAAUAUUCUAAGUUUUACUACUCAACACUUUACUUCACUUAAAUGUAUUUUUGCGAUCGGCAACAGGAAAGGUUUGCAUUCCAAUAGAUAUAAAUUUUUCUCCUUCAUUCUCUCUCUAUCAUCUGUACACUUGCAGAACACGAACAAGGCGAUAACGAGAUUCUAAAAAAGAUUAAUCAAAUGGGCACAAUGAAGAACAUUUUGGUGAUGUUCAGUACGAGAGCUGGUAAAGAGUGUCAAAGUGAUGAAAAAGGAUCUCUGUUCCUAAAAGCUUUUCUAGACAUUCUACAAUCAAACAAUGAAUUAGAUAUUGAAAAUUUCAUAUUAACAGUAAAGAGUAGAAUAGUAGAUGAGAGUAAAGCUUUGGCAUUGCCACUUGUUGAUGAAGAUUACACUUUAACCAAACAACAAUUAUUGGAAUAUGAACAAAAAUUCUACAAACAGCAACAGCAACAGCAACAGCAAAAGCUACAAUAUCAAACAUUGGAAAAACUUCAACAAGAACAAGAACAAGAAUUGAGGCAACUACAAAUAUCUCUAAAACAACAUCAAGCUGAACAAAAACUACAGCUGAACCAAUUACAAGAAAAUUGA